CUUUCUUGAUACUCAAAUCAAUUGGAAAGCUGAUACGGUUAGGUUUCUAAAAACUAGGCUUUUUGAAAAUAUUUGUAUUAAAGUUAAAGUAUCUUAGUAACAAAAUAAUGAAUUGAAAACUGAAAACCGAUAUAAAAUCUUUCUUGCCGAUAUAAGAGCGAUAUAAGUUUAAACAAAAAGACAGAAAAAUAAAUCAAGGGGCAAACAGUUUCGUCAGUUGACACUUACAUUGAAGAUUCGAGAUAGAGAGCUCCAGGUAGGACGCUAGCUGUUGAAAGCUUUAGGAACAGCGAUCGCCAAAAACGGCCGAAGCCAAAAAAAUGGGUAAAGAAGUGAUUUUUGCCGACUAAAAAAGGUGUGUCACACUCUUUAAGGGUGUGAUCAAAAGAUAAAUACUCUUAUAUGCUGCUUUUAUGCGUUUCUGUCUCAUAGCUCAUACUUCAGUGCUAAACUUUGAAGGUUCAGGUACUACAGAAAAGGUUGCAGGGUGAGUACAAAAAUAGCUUCUUUCGCCCAGCAAAAAUCCUUAAUGUGCCAACAAACAAGUGUUGGGGUGAUUUCGCACCCCUCUUUAUCCCCUCCCCCUUGCAGCGGCCCUGAAGGUAGUAUCAUUUCGCUAAAAAUCCACCUAACAUUCUCCAAACUGUUGAGUAACUACAGACAUUGCCUUGAGAAGCAUUAUGCUGUAACCCCCUCCUCCCAACCCUGGCUAAGAUAACAGUAGUAGCGUGUCUACGAAUAGAAAGAGCAGCCAUGCAAAUCAAGUUGAGAUUUUCAAACGCACAAGAGAAUAUAUAAUCUCAGUACGCAGCACUGACAGACACGAACUAUAAAUAGGGAAUAAAUACCUUAUAUAAAAUGUACUUAAUGUUGGGUGAUGGUUCUAUUUUAGGGGCAAACGACUUAUGUUCAUUAUUCUUAUUCUAUAGGACGACUCAAAGAGUUCAUAACGCUAGCCAAAAGAGGACAAUGCACCCUGGCUGUUAUCGAGGCAGAUUCAUGCUUAAGUCCAUUAUCACAUAGUAAUUUUGCACCAAAUUAGGCCGUGUUUUAUUAAAGUGAAAAUCGAUUAUCGCUAGAAUGAUGAUCAAACGUCUUUCUCGGUAAAUAUCAGAGAUUGCUAACUGCUUUGUUACCGCAGCCAAUCACUUGCACGACAAAGGGAGGUUGUGCAGGUGAUCUUGGGUCUGAUAAGACCGUAGCUCGAUUCAGUAUGUUUUCAUUCUACAUAGUGGAGGCUAGAGGCAAGGUAUAAGAAAGGAAAAACAUCUAUUCCUGUACAUUGAUCUGUGUAUAUCUGAGCAAGAUAAGUUCCAUGGAGAUUUAGAACUUGAUUUGGGAGAAGUGAAGCAGGCAACGAACUAAUCAUUUUCCGCAACUAAUUAUUUUAAAAGCUCUCGUUACAGAAGAUUCCGUCUGUAGCAAGGCUGCUUGUGAGGUAAGCUAGAAGCAUGGUGGUCUCAUUAAAUGGAAGUGAUCCUACAAGGUGCACACCUAAUUUAUCCAUUGAUACUCACCUAUCAAAAGGAGCAGCCGUUGGUUAUAUCAUUAUAGGCGGGAUUGGGUUCACUAGCAAUGUGUUUAUUGACUAUAUUAUUUACCGACUCCGCUUGUAUCGUGUGCUUGGGCAUUGUCUGAUACUAAGUUUGUCCAUAUCAGACAUGAUACAAAGCUUACUUGUCUGCACUCUCAAUUCUGUGGAAUUGCUCACCGAAUCAGGGUUUUCUGUCUCCCAGUCCUGGUGCAGAUUAUCGGCUGGUCUUGGGUUGCUGGCGGUUCUAAGCACUUGUCUGAAUCUGGUUGGCAUUUCAAUGGACAGAUUCGUAGCGAUUUUCUUUCCACUGCAUUACCCGCAGAUCGUCACACCGUCAAGAGUUUACGUCUACCUCGCAAUUACUUGGAUUUCGAUGGUUACUUGGUCAUUUCUACCAUUAAUCGGUUGGAACAGCAGCCUUGAUUGUCUGAGAAACGGAUAUACGAUUUGUGAUUGGGGAUUCAGUCUAGAUUUCAACUACUUCAUAGGAACAAGUGUUGUUGUUUUAACUGCUGUUAUCAUUGUCAUAAUUUUACAAGCGACAAUUUAUGUGCAGGCUAUCAAGCAGGCCAGGAAAGUUUAUGGCAAAGAAUCUGGCCGCGCGGAGGCAGGUAGAGGCGAGCUAUCUCGUGUUCAGAAGAAAGUCUCGCGGGUCGUCGCGUUUAUUGUGCUAACCUUUUUCAUCACAUACAUCCCAUGGUUCUCGUUGGCAAUUCGAACAGUAGUUACCCAAAGCGGAGGACAUGAAGUAAUACUUGCAUGCUGCGCUCUCCUGUACACUAAUUCUAUGUUAAACCCAUGGGUUUAUGCAUCCUCAGAUAGCAACAUUCGAAAGGAAGUUUUGUCGGCCUUACAUUUACGCGGAGGUCGUAACAAUCAAGUAAACCCGACAUUGUCCACAUCUAAUGAAAAAAGCGACCAAAAACGACCAAGCAACGGGUCUAUGGAAGCUCAGGCAUAGAAUUACAAAGAAAAAGCAACUGAAUGGUCAGUGACACAAGGAUAAACUAGAUGAGUCUAGACGAUUAGUUUCAUAAGUUUUUGAAAUAUAUCCGAGCGAGUAAUUUUGAAUACGGGUGCAUUCUCAUUACAAAGCGUUUAACUGCCAGACUGUAAAGCACACCACAGAUACAGCAGUAUUUUCGCCCUUCAAGGGCAAACAUACAACGUAGGGGUGUAGUGCUUGAAUGUUUUGAAAGCAGUUACUUAUAGCGUUGUACCCAGUUGUGUCACCACUAGGCCCUUUGGCCUUGCUUUGACCAAGAAAAGCUGCGAUGAGGGUGCCUUCCAUGGCUAAUUGUGAGCGUACAUUACACGAAAAUAAAGGCCCUCCAUAUAAAAUGCCAGCAGAACAGAGCAAAGGUAAACAACAUUUCAUGGCUACUAGAACGAGACUUUUCGUUUUAAGAGCAUACACUCAGUAUUUUGUGUGCCAAUUCAUUUCUAGUGUGAGACUUUUCCAUUUCAAUAUUGGUUGAAACUUACUUAUCAGCUCUCUGCCAUUGUGGCUUUUCCAGGAAGGUUUACGUUUUACGAAACAUUUACAUUCGAAAUUACAGCGAGAGGAGAGUAUAUUGAAGAAAAAGAUUGGAAUCCUAUAUUAAGCGAUAACAUUAUUAUGAACGAAAGAUCCAAUUAUGGAAAUAAAAUAAAGAACACUGAGAAUGGUACUUCGACACUUUUUUUUAUAUUUCUUAGUGACAUAACUAUGGUUAGUCUAUAAAAACUCGAUGACUAUAAAUUAAGAGAAAAUGACCUUUUAUGGAUAUGUCAGAUUCUCAGUUGGUUGGGAAAGUGUAGUUCAAACAACAGUUCGUAAUAUUUAAUUCAGAUUAAUAUACAAUUUGACGUCGGACGCAGUAUAAAUAUACUGGAAGAGUAAGUGAGUGACACGGCAAACUGUAAACAGUAUACUUUAAAAUCAAAUCAUUAUUUUACACAUUUUGCAAUACCAAAAUGUAGAUUGAUUGAAAAUGUUGAAGCUUCAAAGCAAGAAGAUUCAUAGUGCAGCCUUUCCGAAAUACAGCAGCGAAGUAACUUUCUAGGCAAGUGAAAAUUACGCUAUUCGGUACUUGGUUAGAGGUAGACUGUAGUGAAGUACUUGUCUUCUAGUAGAUACUGUCUCUUGUUGUCUCAUGCAUUCAUUGCAACGUAAAACAGAGUAGGUUAGAAUGUCACCUAUGCAUAGCAUUAAAGGCAAGCGACGAAUACUUAAGUGGCUUAAACUAUCUGUCAAUCAUGAAUUGACCAAUCGAGAAGAGUCUUACACUCAGACGGUUAUUGAUUGGCCAAUAGUUGAAUCAAUGGCGUCGCCAGCCCGAAAAAACUGGGGUGGCAAAAAAUAUUUUCUCGACCGCGCCCUUCAGACUCCCGCAUGAAAACAGCUUUAUUUAGCAUUUUCGCAACGGGGGCUUUUUUGAAAGAACUAAAGUCGAAAUCGAUCUGAUAAAGCACACCCCCCCCCCCCAAAGGUUUUUCAACGGAUUUCGAAAAAUUAGAAAAUCAAUAUCUUGGAAAACUCUGCAAAACACCUCGUUGCGAAUACGUUGACUGCCUUUAAUCUACUAAAAUUCGUGUUUUCUACAACCUUCUUCCAAGAUUAAAUACAAGGAGAUCCAAAAGUUUGCGGUAAAAUGAAUAUUAGAAAAAAGAAUUAUAGCAUACGUGAAACAACAAACACAAAUACGAUAUAUAAUAUUAAAUAUAAUCUUCCUAGCAAUACAGGCAUUAUGUUGUGGAUUAUAAGUUAUGUGGAAGGGCACAAAAAUUUUAUAAGCGAUAUCAAUGUCAAGAAAGGCUAUAAUGUGUUGCAUUCUUCAGAAUCGUCUUUGUUACUUCUCUUUGACGACAGCUUAUCUAGAAGAGAAACAAAAAUAUCGAUUAGUUAAUCAAAACGAAACGGACAAAAGAUAGUUACUAUUUUUUGAUUAGGGCACUCUGCACACCUGUUAUACAGCAAUUCCCUGUGUUUAAUGUUAAAUGCUAAAGAGGGCCUAUAUGCUUGUUACUACAACAAGAAGCAAGGGAGCGUAGUUCAAAGUCAUAAGGAUCGAUAGACUUGGGAAAGCUGAUUUUCUUUAAGGCUUUUAGACGUAAAGCAAAACUUGAUCAGAUUGGGGAACCCUACCAGGUUAGGUUGAAGAGCAUGCUUCAAAAACCAAAGAAAUGUCUUUGGAAGCCGAAAAUAUCUGAAAAUAUGGAGCAGUCAUCAAGCAAAUGAAUUAUAUCAUCAACAUUUGAUUGACCGACCGAAGUCAGACUUUCAUUUUUGGGAAUCUAAUAGAACGAAUGUAAACGUAAUAUUUCUGCGCUGGCAAACUCUAAACUGAGCUUCUUCGAACAAAAUUCCUUCAGUUUCACAGUCAAAACCUUUGGCAACAACCACAAUACAUCCCUUACGUGUAAAUACAUGGGGUUGAUAAACAAGUUUUCUCCUUAGUAAAGAAGGGUACUAUCACUUAAUGUUGAAAUUUAUUUUUACAGUGUGUGCAGAAUGCCAUAAGAAAAGGCAUAAAUUCUACAAUGCAAAACUUUCGCGAAAAUCAAUUGUUCUCAAUGUCAUGAACUUAUGGUAGCCUUGUUGAGAAAGUGGCUAGAGUAGUUGAAGUUAAUUACUAAAACAAAUUCUCGUGUGGGUUAGUAUUACUGUAAAUUUAACAAGUGUGUGCGUGUUAGAGGUAUUUUAAAAAUUAGGCUGCAUGUAACUAGAAAAACACAUGUUAUGCAAUUGAGAAAUGUAUAAGAUUAGUGGAAUUAUGCGUUGAGAUUAAAAAUUGUAAAUUGGACCAACCUGAAGAAAUUAACAUGCUCUCUCUCCGAGGUUUGUAAAUAUUAAUGUGUCUCCUCGUUGUGCAUCUUAUCCUUUGUACUUUGAACAAUUUAGUAUAGCGUUACACUGAGAUUUAUUUUUAUCAUUAAUUUGGCUUAUCAACUGAAAUUAAUUAACAGAGCGACCGACGUUUGUGUUUGCCUGAUUACUCCCAGUGUGGCUCUGAACUAUUUUAUCGCUGUCUCGUUUCUCUCUUAAAUUUACUCAUAAGUGCAAAAUUCUGGUCACAGAUUUUCCAAUCAUUCAGGGAACGUCUUCACUAAUAAAAUCAAAAAUAGGCGUAAUGCUUUUUUAUCGAAAAAUAGAACCAAACCUAAAGACCGUUGGAUAGUUUGGUAUAUAAACAGGAAUCAAGAGUCACGUAAAAUUUAAACGAAACGAUAAAGUUUCAGCCUAUCUUUUGCUUCACUCGACUCUCAUUAUAGUUACAUUAGACCUAGCUUGAAAAGUUUAAUAGAUACAAGUUCAAAGUGACUUCAACCAACAGUGUAAUUAUUAUCGGAGUCGACUGCGGAAUAACAGAACAAACAGACAUUUUGGAAAAGAACGUUCAUGUAUAUAACAUACGAAAAACAGGGUAUACGCGAUAUAAAAUACAGAAUAAAGAAAGAAGCCUUAUAGGCGUUGGUACUUAAAUGCAUAUACAGUUAUCCCCCUUGUAAAGAAAAACGAGUACCAAUCUUUGAAUACACAAAUGAAUAUACAAGAUACACAUUUAUAGUAAUAAGAGAUUUACAUCUGAUUUACAGCUUUUAGUAUACUAAGCUAAAUAUACUUUGAUAUAAGGUAUAAUAGUACUGGGUCUUUGUAAGUAGCAAGGGAAUUUAUCAUUUUAAUACGCUACUCUAGAAAGCCAGUUGUCUUUCUAUCCUUCUAGUAUGAGUUACAGAGACGUGCAAAUAUUCCCCAUAUCACGAAGUAUCUCAAAACAAGAGGCAUAGGCACUAGAGAAUAGUCUCCAGCAUUCUUCUUAUACAUAUGCACUUUUAAUAACAGUGAAGAUCCCGGCAUGAUAAUUCCGUCAGAGAGGCAGAUAAUUAUACCAAAAAUUUAAGAAACAUAAGUGUUUUAUCCAAGUAAGAGGAAAUAGAGGUCUCGCUGGAUAGCAUGCAAAAUGAGAGGUCAGCGUUUAAAAAUAUCCACUUUAACAGCCAUUGUCUUAAGACUUGCCAAAACAAAUCUUUAGGAGCUAUUUCUGGUCUUCAAUCUCUUCAAUUUUCUUUUUAAGCUAGGUAAUCUCAAAUUUUCAGUUUCUCCGAAAAAUAAGAGAAUGACACAGUAUGAUAAGAUAAUAAAUUGACAAGAUCUACUAAUAAAUAAUAAUAAAACAGUCUUCCUAAUCAAUAAUUGGACGGAUUUUGUUUAUCAACAGUUUCAAUGUCAGCAGUUGACGGUUUCAAGAGAAAUCGAAAUUUGGUAUCAGGAUUAGGAAUAUUUUGAUUCUCUUUGUCCACGACCAAUACGAUUUUAGAUUAAUGCUUGCAACGUGAACAAGAUUGUCACAAAGAUGCUCGAAAUGCUGCUCAUAGAAAAUUACCAUUGACUGUCUAAUACAGAUAUGCUUACCUUGAUAGAAUUGGUCUGUUUUUAACUCGACUGUCCCUUAAAAUGGCCUCAAAACUUAUAAGCUCAGAUCCAACGAUAAUAGGCAGUACAAAGAGGAAAUAGGAUUUACUUCUUUGAAUAAAAACGGGUCGUUGACAUAACAAAGAUAAUCAGUGAAUUCAUAAUCGACGUGUGUUGAUAAGAAAUCCUAGGGCACAAAGUAUCUUCGACCGAGUUUUAAACUUGGGAACAUUGUGUGGAUUCAAGUU